UGCCUUUGCUGAUGACAACAUUAUAUAGCAUUGUUGGGAAGAGCAACUAGGUGAGUUUAAUUCACAAUAAAUUGCCACAUGUAAAGAUGCCAACCUUCGAUGACAUUUUAGAGCACAUUGGAGAAUUUGACUUAUUUCAGAAACGAGCUUUUUUCAUUUUAUGCUUGCUUUCGGCUGCCUUCACGCCUAUUUACGUGGGUGUCUUUUUCCUGGGCUUCACCCCUGAACACCGCUGUCUCAGCCCUGGUGUGGUGGAGCUGAGCAGCAGGUGUGGCUGGAAUUUGGAAGAGGAACUGAAUUAUACUGUGCCCCAGUGGGGCAUCCAAGGGGAGUCGUCCACUAGUCGUUGCAGGAGAUUUGAUGUGGACUGGAACACAACUGGCAUCAGCUGCAGUAACCCAUUAGAAAACUUCACCAGCCAGAGCAGGGUUCCCCUCACGCUCUGCAAAGAUGGCUGGGUUUAUGAUUCCCCAGGAACAUCCAUCGUGACAGAGUUUAACCUGGUAUGUGAUGACUCCUGGAAGCUGGACCUCUUUCAGUCAUGUGUGAAUGCUGGAUUUCUUCUUGGCUCUGUAAACAUUGGCUACAUAGCAGACAGGUUCGGUCGCAAGCUUUGUAUUUUAAUUACAAUCAUUGCAAAUGCCAUCUCUGGAAUUCUUGUGGCCUUAGCACCAACUUAUCUGUGGGUCAUGAUCUUUCGCUUCCUACAAGGACUGGUUAGCAAGGGCAGCUGGACAGCAGGCUACAUCCUGAUCACAGAAAUUGUUGGCCCGAGUUAUAGGAAGACGGUGGGCAUUCUCUAUCAAGUGGCUUUUACAGUUGGGCUCAUAGUGCUGGAUGCUGUUGCUUACGUUAUUCCUCAUUGGAGAUGGCUGCAGCUUGCUGUUACACUGCCAGGCUUCCUCUUCUUGUUCAAUUACUGGUGUCUGCCAGAGUCUCCCAGGUGGUUGAUAUCUCAAAGACGAAAUGAAAAGGCUAUGAAAAUUGUCCACAAUAUUGCCCAAAAAAAUGGGAAAAAGCUGCCUGUUCAUCUUGAGAAUAUUAGCUUUGAAGAGGAACACUGUGAAGAGCUGAGACCUUCCCCUGUGGAUCUUAUCAGGACACCUCAGAUGAGGAAGCACACAUUCAUUUUGAUGUACAACUGGUUCGCCGGCUCUGUUCUGUACCAGGGGCUCAUCAUGCACAUGGGAAUAGCUGGUGGGAUCAUUUACCUGGACUUCUUCUAUACUGCUCUUGUUGAAUUUCCAGCCGCCCUCAUUAUUUUUCUCACAAUCAAUCGAAUUGGACGACGCUAUCCAUGGGCUGCUGCAAAUUUUGUGGCUGGAGCUGCCUGCCUUAUUACAGCUUUAAUCCCAGAGGAUAUACACUGGCUAAAAGUUGCAGUAGCUUGCAUUGGGAGAAUGGGGAUUACAAUAUCUUUUGAGAUGGUUUGCUUUGUAAACGUAGAAUUGUAUCCAACAUUUGUCAGGAACCUUGGUGUAACAGUUUGCUCUGCCCUGUGUGAUGUUGGUGGGAUUGUAGCCCCGUUCAUCGUCUACAGAUUGGCAGAGAUCUGGCAUGAGCUUCCCCUUGUAGUUUUUACUGCUGUUGGUUUAAUUGCUGGGGUACUGGUCUUACUUCUGCCUGAGACCAAAGGACGAGUUUUGCCUGAGACUAUUCAAGAUGUGGAAAACUUGUGCAGGCAAGGCAGUCAUGAGGAAAAAAAUAUAUGCCUUCAUGUUCAAACGUCGGAAGCUGCACACAGCUGAGGAGAGAGCAUCCAUUUAGAAGCCUUACGGACUCUGGCACACUGUUAAAGAAAAGAGUAUUUAAGUAAUAUGCACUGUACCGUCUUGCCUCUCUUUUCUUUUUUUGGCUCUCAAAUCCUUCAUUCCAUGUGCCUAAGGUGUUUUUUCCCCCUGCUUUGUUGCCCAGGAACUAUAACUACCUCCUUUCCUCUCAGCAUAUUUUAAUUUAUAUUUUAGCACAGUGGCUUUGAAACUUUUUAUACAAACCAUGCAGAUGUACACACUUGUCUGUCUUUGAGUCCUUGUAUGACUUUCAUCCUGGUAGAAUGCAUGCAUCUCUUGUCCCAGAUGUUUGUCUCAGACCCCUUGGCUAUAAGCCACCCUCACCUGGCCCAUCUACUUCACUUGCAUAUAAAAUCUUGAUAGCAACAUCAGUACCUCUUCACACAGAAAAAUAGAAAUUAAGGUAUUGUAAGUAAAAUUCAGUCCUCAUUGAAAUUAAUGGGACAACUCCAACUGACUUCCACGGCACCAGGAUUACAUGUAUGCCUUUUUUUCGUGUAUUUUUAAUGUUUUUUAUCAAAUGGAAGUCUAGAGGCACCCACCUGUAUGUGAUCAACCUUCUCUCAAUGAGCAAGUACUCUGCAGGCCAGCCAUAGUUUUUACACUACUUUUAGAGAACCCUUGUUUUAAGAAAUAACUGGUUAAGCAAGGCACCCUAAUCACUAAUAACACUUCAGUGAUAAAUCAUCAGCUGAGAAUCCAAAAGUUGCAUAUGAAGGACUUGACUUGCAGUAACAUAUAGCACCUUUCUUCUUGUGCGGAGGUUGGCAAACUUUGGCCCACAGGAUCUGGCCCACGGACAUGGGGCUGUAGCAGCAUUUGGUGGUGGGGGGCUUUGGCUAUGGGUGCUCUGCCUGUGCUGCCAUGGGGAUGAGGUGGGAAGGUUUGCCCUAACCCUAACCCGUGCCUGCCCAGCUCUGGCCCAGAGUGGGUCAUUCUGGCUUGCAGCAGGAAAGGGUUGCCUAUCUUUGAUCUUGUGGGAUUACUAAUCUGAGUUGAUGCCUAAGGAUGACUAUCUGCACUAGUUCUCUCAACUUUGAAUUAAAAUUGUUUGACCUGUUUGGAAAAAAAAAGAUAAAUGUGCAGACUUCUUUCUAUGAGUAUUUGGAUUCUUUCUACUCACUCAGUUCAAAUUUCUCCUUAAUUUUAGACUCAGUAUUGAAGAAACAGAAGAAUUGCCAAUUUUAUCUAACUGCUCCCCCAAACAGUUUGUGGGUUUUUUUGUAAGAAGUCAAACUUUCCUAGGAAAAAUGCAAUAAAGACCUGUCUAAUCUCUAA